AUGGCAUCUCGGGAUGUAGCAUUCUGGAAAGAAGCUAUAAAUGACGAGAUGGACUCUAUUAUGCAGAAUAACACUUGGAAACUGUCUGAUCUACCCCUUGGGUUUAAACCACUUGGUUGUAAAUGGAUCUUCAAGAAGAAGAUGAAAGUAGAUGGUUCAGUUGAUAAGUUUAAAGCCCGAUUGUUUAAUUUUCAUGAUAGUUCUCCGGUUACUCCAAUGGAUCCUACUUUUAAGCUCUCACUUAAUGAAGGUGUAGCUGUAAGCCAACUUGAAUAUUCAAGGGCCAUUGGAUCUCUCAUGUAUGCCAUGAUUAGCACUAGACCGGAUAUAGCUUAUGCUGUUGGAAAGCUUCGUAGGUAUACUAGCAAUCCAGGUGUAAGUCAUUGGCAAGCAAUGAAUCGAGUAUUUAGGAACUUGAAAGGAACCAUGAAAUAUGGUUUUCCUUUAGUUUUAGAAGGUUAUUCGGAUGCAAGCUGGAUUAACAACAAGGAAGAUCAUUCUUCCAUAAGUGGAUCGACUUUUCUGCUUGGAUGA